GAACUUCAAGGCUUCCGAUCCCGCCAUUCUCAACAGCUCUGCUGCAAGUUUCUACAAGGUGUUCAAAGCGGGUUUAGGUAUGAUCGUCUAGCAUUUAAUGGCGGUAGGGUCCAACAGGCGCUUUAAGUUGCUGGUUACACUGGAAUAUUGACAGAACAGCAGUACCGUACCAUGACUUCCCUCCUCAAAUCGCGCCUGGGCUCUGUGCCCACCCGCUCACUGUCAGUCACACGAAAGGCCUCCUCUUUCCCACCACCUGUCCAUCAGCCCGUUUUUCUGCUUCAUCGCCCAAAGGCUCAGAACUGGAUCCCGUCAGGGCCGGCUCUUCAAAGAUCGAUGCUACCUGCUGCGAGAGCACCGGCGCAGUCCCUCACUCAAAAGUUUGCAAGAGACAGCGUACGGCAAUGGGCGGCGCAGCCGAUGGGAGGAGUGGCAAGCGAGAGAAGCACUCAAAAGUUGCGCACGUUGGGCGCCACCACCGAGUCGUUCCUCCGGCAGACUGCGCAGGGUGCACCGCAGUCUGCUCCCUCCAACACAGCGCAAUUGCCGCCUCUGGACACCCCUCUCACAGCACCGCAGCAGACUCUCCCUCCCAAACCCCAAUCCUCGCAGAGUCGCAGUUUCACAACCACAGCAAGCCCCUCACUCGCUCCCGCCGUUCCUGCCAACGUGCACAAACCUGCCGCCAAGGAUCCGAGGCAGGUUCUGAUUGACGGCAGUCCACUGACGCCAGUGGAUGAGCUCGUGGUUGCUGCGCACAUGGCGAGGCUGAGCAACAUCUGCUAUGUCCCUGAGCCUCAGGAACAGCUGGAGGAGCUGGGGCUGAAACUAGUGGCGAAGGGGAAAACGUAUUUUACUGCGUGGUACAUAGCAGACGGUCCGGAUCUGUCCAAAGUCCAGGAGAAAGCGCCGUUGGGGAGCGUAGGAGCUCACGCCUUGAGCGGUCAAGUCCGGGAAGGAGAGGGAAGCGAAGGUGGGGCGAGGUCUGGGGAUGGGAGCGCAGAAAGGGGGCAGAAUCCGGGGCGCAGAAUACGGUACAUCUUGACACAUGGUGUCAGAUGGGGGGCUGCCGACCUAGAUUCUGGUCGGAUGUGGCAUCAGAUCAUGAAUUGCUGGCCCGUUGACUUUCCCCCUCCCACCACCCCGAACAGAAGUGCGACGUCUAGCGAGGGGCUGAAAAGCAGUGCAGGUUCGCCCCCCCAGGAAGGACUUGUCGCACACCAAGGCGUCCUAGAAAUAGCGGAAGAGGUGUACAGCGGAGUACAGCCGUGGCUUGGAGGGGUAGAGAAGGGGGAAGUCUCCGCCAUCCGUUUCGGGGGCCACUCCUUGGGGGGCUCGGUGGCCAUUCUUCUGAUGCUGCUCGCAAAGUCGAGGCACGUGCUAGCGCCCGGCCAGGUGUCGGCGCACGCGUAUGGCGCUCCUGCGGCCCUUGCUCGCAGAAGCGUCGCUGAGAAGAAGGGAAGGGCAGCGCACUCUUCUCGGGCACCCCCUAGAUCAAGCACCAAUGGCGCGCCAGCUUUUGUCCCCUCCCCCGCCUCUGAGGCAGACCAAAAUGGUCAUUCGCCCAAAACAGUCAACGGCUUCUCACUUAGAGAUUCAUCGGCCGGCCACUCUCUAGAGAACACGCGUCACUGCCCCGUCUUGCACGAAAUAGGUCUACCAGCUGAUGCGGUGCGGUCAAUCGUCCUCGACAAAGACAUGGUCCCUCGAAUGUUCCUAGCAGCCGACCCCUCUUACGGGCUCCUGCUGAAAAGCCCGCUCGUGCGGGGGCUGCUGGACUUGCGGGAACGGGUUUGGGGCCCAGGCGCACUGACGCAGGAGCGGUUCCUGUUUGCGAAUGUGGGGCUGGUGCACUACAUCAAGACCGUUGGGUCCGAAGUUCUGGUCCGGACCCUGACGUCCGAGCAGGCGAACGAGGGGCUGCGGCUGACGGUGGACGACUUCGUGCGGCAGCCGUUGGAUGCGGUCAAGGCGCUGUUCGAUCAUCAUAGAGGACACUACUCGCAGGAUCUAGAGGCGGCGGCAGCUGCCGCAAAAUAUAGAAGCAGGCAGCAACAGAAGAGCGGUACCCAUUGAUUAUUCAUUGAUUGAUUGUCUCUGAGGUUUGCAUGUUUGUAUUGGUUUAUUACCUGGAUUAGGUGCCUGCGGGCAAAGGUGUUAGUCCAAGGAGGGGUUUUGUAAAGAAGCAGAAUAUUUGUUGCCUUACUUGAAGACAUUUGAUAACUAGUGGAGGUACAAAGUCGAGAUGCAUAUGUGUAGUGAAUGGUUGUUCCGGUGAGCUUGGAUAGGAACAUUGCGUCCAGGUAGGUUGAUUGUAAGGUUGAUUGUAGACGAAUCGAGAUCGAAAUGUUUAGACAGACUAUAACUUAGGUACUUCAGAAUCCGACGAUUGUGGCGGUGAGUAUUGACAGACCUGUACAGCUUCUCAGUUGUAAUAUCGUGCACAAUGCUGGCCCAACUUUGUAUAGCCCAG